AUGUGGGAGUUCAUUAGGGACCACCCAUUGCAUCCCCGUAUAGUUAGACGCCUUCAGGAUACGGGUUUCUAUAGGAUCAUAGAGAUCGGCCGGUUGCAGUUCGACUGGGUGUUGAUCACGGCUAUGAUAGAGCGGUGGCAACCGGAGACGCACACGUUUUAUGUACCCAUCCGUGAGGCUACCAUCACGCUUGAGGACGUGGAGGUUCUCUUCGGGCUGUCGGUUGAUGGAUUACAUAUAGCUUACAUGCAUGCUCUUAGAGACUAUAGAGGAUUGCAUUACCUCCAUAUGUUGCAGCGAAUCGCCGGUUUCCAGCCAGCGGAGGAGACUGCAUUGAGUGAGGCCAGUCGUUUGCAGCUAACGCCUGUCCGACAGCAUCUGGAGGCGAUGGAUGCGGAGAUUACGGAUGAUUCACCGCCAGAGGUUAUCGACCGGCACACGAGAUUAUUGUUGCUGCUGAUGUUUGGUGGUAUAUUGUUCCCGAACACUUCGGAAAACCUAGUCAUCUUGAGAUUUCUACAUCAUCUUGAGCGGUUAGAUGAUUUACCUGGUUACAGCUAG